GAAGUUGCAUCGGGUCAGCACUAAAGAGUCCCGAAGAGUAGCAGCAUAAUGCGAUACGAUAUCAGUCUCAGUAAGAAACUCAGCAAUCCAAACUCCCGACCCAAAUAUGGCGUUGCGGAGCCUCACGCUGCCUCUGCCCGCCGUAAUCCCGCCAUUACCAACACCUUCUUCUUCUUCUCCUCCUUCUCCAUAUCCUUCUUUCUGGUGUAGUUUCAGACAGAACCAGUAUAAACGUUAUCCCGUUUGCUCUAUCACUCUCCGCCCAAAACCCCUAACCUUUCUCAAUCGUCAGACGCAAAGCCCUGUCGUUCGGAUGGCUCCCGAGGAGGAAAAGCUGACCCGUCGCUCCCCUCUCGAUUUCCCCAUUGAAUGGGAACGGCCGAAACCUGCUAGGAGACCAGAUAUAUUUCCCCAGUUUAGCCCAAUGAAAACACCUUUACCGCCUCCACUGCCAGCAGAUCCUCCUGAAGAAGACGAAGAAGAGGAAGAAAAGAAAGAGGAGGAAGAAGGGGAUGAAGAUGCAGACAAGGAAACCCCAGAAGACCCAGGGCAGCAGUAGAUAUGCAUCAAACCAGAGUUUGUGGGGCAUAUUUCACAUGUAUGUGGUACUGCCUUGCGCGUGUCAAAGCUUUGCCAAGUAGCGAGUGCAUCUGCUGAAGGAUGAAUAGAUAGAGUUGAAGUAAUUUUUUUGGGAAUAAUACUGGAACGUAACGCUUGUUGCUACUUAGAUAUAUAUAAAUAGCAAUGCCUUUUUGUUAAGCAAAUCAAAAUCUUGGUUAAUCAGAGUUGCGGGAUUUUUGCGUUGUUUCA